AAAUAUACUUUUGCAUCUGAUAUUUAUAGUAUUGGCAUACUUAUGUGGGAAAUCUCAUCCGGACAACCACCUUUUAUUAAUAAACAUGAUUAUGAUCUUGCAAUAAGAAUAAUAAAUGGAAUGAGACCAAAAACAAUACCCGACACUCCUUUAGAAUAUAAAGAAUUAAUGGAACAAUGUUGGGAUGCUAAUCCUACGAAAAGACCUGAUAUGUCCACUCUUUUUAAUAAAAUUUCAGAUCUUCUUAGAUUAUAUCUUCAAAAUGAAAAUGAACAAAGAAUAAUUAGUAAAGUUACGAGUAUUAAUAAUCCUCAAUUAGAUACAAGAUUUAAUGUAAAUUCUAGUUCUACUAAUAGUUCCUUUUUUGAAAAUUUUAGUGCAAGUUCUAGUAAUUGGAAUAUUAGUAGUAAAGUUUAUAAUUUUGAAAAUUUACCUGAACCAAAAAAUGCAACAAAAGAAGAACAAGAUGCUUAUCAUAGUAUACAAUUUAAUUUUGAUUUACAAGAUGGUUUGAUUAUUGAAGAGCAAUCUAAUAAAAGAAGUUAUUUUGAUGAUGAUGAAAAAGAUUUCGCUUAUAACUCUAAUAAAAAAGUCAAUUCAAAUAAUAAUGAAGAAAUACAAUAUCAUGAAAUUGGAUACCAAUAUACGCAAAUAAAUUAUGCUACGAGUAAGAUGGAUCUUAACUAUUUAUUAAAUUAGAGCGUUAUCAUUAUUAUUUUUGUAUUAUUGUAUUUAGAAUUAUUUAAACACUAAGACUAGAGUAG